GGUUAUGAAACUACCAAGACUGAUUAGUGUGUUUACCAGAGUCUAAAAUGAGCGUUGGCAAAGCACAAGGAGCACAAAAGGCCGUUCAAAAGGGCAUUCACAAUAAGGUUGCUCGAAAGGUUCGUACCUCUACAACCUUCCGUAGACCUAAAACUCUUCAGCUUUCACGCAAGCCCAAAUAUGCCCGCAAGAGUGUUGCUCACGCUCCUCGUCUUGACGAAUUUAAGAUCAUUGACAAUCCCAUCAACUCCGAGUCUGCCAUGAAGAAGAUUGAAGACGAUAACACCCUUGUCUUCUGUGUUCACAUGCGCGCUAACAAGAACACUAUCAAGGCCGCCGUUAAGAAGUUGUACGACGUUGAUGCUGUCAAGAUCAACACCAUGGUUCGUCCCAAUGGUACCAAAAAGGCAUUCGUUAAGCUCUCUGCUGAAGCCGAUGCUCUCGACGUCGCUAACCGCAUUGGAUUCCUUUAAAUACAAUGAGUUUGGAAUAAGGCGUAAUAAUGGUCGUAAUAAAAAUGCUUUUUGUUAUAUAGUACUUGAAAACUAGUUAAAUUCUUGGCUUUGUAAAUAGUAAGGACCUUUUACUUGGGUC